AUGAUAUGUCCAUAAUAUUUAUUGGAUUCCAUCAAUAAUUGUAAUGAUAGAGUAAUAAAGAGAGCAUAUGAAAAAUUGGAGGGUAAACAAGUACAAACUAAAUUAAAUUAAGAAUCUAGUAGAGGUGUGUUAAUAAUUGAAAUAAUCUCUAAGGACAUAAUUAAGUUUACAAAACGUUUAAGAUAAAAAGACAGAUAGUAAAUAUCUUUUAAAUAUUUUAACAGAUAUUAGUUCAUUAGCAUUAUUACUAUUAGCACUUUGUAGCUAUAGAUUAAAUGAUUUUAAUUUAAGUCAUUUAAUUGCUUACUUUGGAUGUUCUCAAGAGACUCAAUAAUUAGAUUCUCAAGAAUUUGAUUAAGUAGAAUGGCUUAAAUUAGAAUUAGAAUGGAUAUCAAUACAAUCCUUAUAAAAAAUGAAUCAGUUAUAAGAAUGUAUAAUUAAAAUAGAAAAUGUUUAAAAAUAAUUAUAAAAGAGUAAGAAUAGAAAGAUGUGGACUUAAUUAGAGAUUAUAUUAGAGUAGAAGAAAUCAUAUUUGCAAGAUUAUUUGGAUAAUAAAUAGAGAAUAUUUUAAAUGUAUAGUGAUGAUGAGAAAGCAGUUUUAGCCAAAAAAUUAUAAUAAUUAUUUCUUAAAUAGGAUUAAGAUCUAUAUUUUUAAUAAGAAGGUUAUCCUGCUUAUUUAAUUAGUUCUUAAUGGAUUGCUCGUUUUAGUUUAUUCACAAAAUAUUAUGAAUUGAGAAGGGAAAAUCCAGAUUAAUUAAAAUCAUUUAUUGCAAAAAAGAAUGUAUGAUGUAAUUAUAUUAUAUAAAGAACUCAAUGGAAGAUGAAACAUUUGUAGAAAUAUUUAAAUAAUAUUGUAAUCAAUAAACAUAUGAAGAAUUGGAAAAAAUAUCAAAUUCAACCUAAAAUAAUAGUGAUAUACAAAUAUGUCCAAUUUAUAAUGAUGAUUUAAUUGAUAUAUAAACAUAAUUUGAGAAAGACCCAUUGAAAGCAAAAAGCUAUUCAAAUUAUGCUUUAAACAAAUCUAUUAGAGAAAAUUAGAAUUUCAUAUUUGUAAGUAGCUAGAUAUGGAGAUUAUUAUAUGGAUUAUUUGGUGGUGUUGAAAUAAAAAGAAUAAUUAUAUGUAGAAGUUAACAUGCAGUUGAAACACAUUUAUUUUAAGUUAGAUGCUAGUUAUUCCCAUAAUCAUCUUAAAGGAUAAUAAAUUUAUAAUUUAAUGGAAAUGAAAGAAUGGAAGAUCUUAUUAAUAAAGUACAUAGGAUAACUAAUUAAAAAGUAAGAAAUAUUUGGAAGAUUCCUAAAGAAAUCAAUUAAGAAGAAUUAAUGAAAAGUUAAUCAGUAGUUGGUACAAAAUUAAGUAGAGAUAAUAUAUUAGAAGUAUUCUUAUUUAUUACAUAAGUAAGCAGAGAUAGGACCUGAAGAAGUUUUACUUUUAGAAUUAGAAUAAGAUUAAUAUAGAUUAUAAAAAAAAGAGAAUUUAUAAACAAUAAGUAUUCCUAAUAAAUGUGCGAAUUGUGGUAAUUAAGAAUCUUAACUUUAUUUAUGUGAAUGUAGAAGUGUUAAAUAUUGUAAUGAAACAUGUUAAGCUAAUGAUUUAAAGAAUCAUUAAGAUGUUUGUAAAAGUAAUUCUUUUAUUUAUUAAUUUAGAAAUUAUGGAAAAGGAUUCUUUAAUAAAUCAAUUAGCUAAAAAAUAUAAAGUUAGACCUCCAGCUAAAAUAAUUAAAAAUUCAGCCAAAGGAAUAUGUGGAUUAAGUAAUUUAGGAAAUACUUGUUUUAUGAAUUCUAGUUUAUAAUGUUUGAGUAAUGUAACUGAACUAACUGAAUAUAUGAUAUACAAUACUUUUCUAUAAGAUUUAAAUGAAAAAAAUCCAUUAGGUACAGGAGGUAGAUUAGCUUGCAAUUAUGCUGAAUUAUUAAAAGAUCUUUAUGAAUCUACAUCAACUAGUGUAGCACCUUGGAAUGUUAAAAAAGUGAUAGGAUAAUAAGCUCCUUAAUUUAAUGGUUAUAGUUAAUAAGACUCAUAAGAAUUACUCUCAUAUUUAUUAGAUGGUUUACAUGAAGAUUUGAAUAGAAUUAAAAAGAAACCAUACAUUCCAGAUAUAGAAUAUAAGGGUUAAAGUGAUUAAGAAUUUGCAGAUAUAUAUUGGGAAAAUCAUAAAAAGAGAAAUGAUUCUAAAAUUAUAGAUCUUUUUACAGGAUAAUUUAAAUCAAGAGUAGAAUGUCCUGAGUGUAAUUUUGUAUCUAUAACUUUUGAUCCUUUUGUUACAAUAUCAUUACCAAUUCCUAGUAAAGAAUAUGUUUAAUUUCAAUUUUAUUUAAUUUUUAGAGAUUCUAAUUAAACACCUUUGAAAAUUUAAUAAACUUUACAAUCAACUUAAACAGCUGGAGAAGUUAUAGAUAUAAUUUCAAAGAUUAAAAAUAUCAAAGCUGAAUAUUUAAAAUUUUAUUCUUUAUAAGAUUCAGCUAUUAUUGACGAUGGAAUUUCACCAGAAUAAACAAUUAAAUAAAUAAAAGAGACUUAAGCUACAACAUUUUUAUAUGAAGAAUUUGAUGAAAAAAUAGAUAAACCAAUAUCUAAAUAUGAUUCUAAAAUAAAAUCACCAUAUUAUUAAGUACUCUGUAAUGUUAGAAAAUUUGAAGAAAAUAGAUUAAAUCAAUAGAAUUAUAGAAUAUCUUUUACAAGAAUUUGUUAUGUAGAUAGUCAAACAACAUAUUAAGAACUUCAUCUUAUUAUUUAUUAGAUCUUUAGAACUCAUAUAUUACAGAUUAGCGAUAUAACUUAUAAUUUAAAUUUGAAUAAGGAAUUUGAAUAGUUUUUAAAGAAUAUUAAAAAAGUUAUAUACAAAGAUUAAUUUGAAGAAUAUUAAGAGUUAUUAAAAUUAAAAGAAAAUAUAUUUUAACUCUAAGAUGAGAACAAUAGGCUUUUACCAUUUACAGAUAAAUAAAUAGAAGCAAAUGGAAAAUCAAUAAUAUUAAACGCAUAAUUUAAAUUACGUGCUGAACUUUUAAAAUUAAAUAGAUGUGUUGAUGCAGAUUUUACACUAUAAGUUUCAAAUCAAAGUUCUAUGUAAACAAUAACAUUAAAUGAUUGUUUAAAUUAAUUUUGUUAAGAAGAGGUCUUAGGAGCUGGAAAUGAGUGGUAUUGUUCUAAAUGUAAAAAACAUUAAAAAGCAAAGAAAUAAAUGUAAAUAUAUAAAGUAUAAUAAAUAUCCAUAUAAUUUAGGCACCUUAAAUUCUGAUAAUGCAUUUAAAAAGAUUUAGAUCCACAAGAGUCACUUAAUUUUAUGGUACCUAUUCUGUAGGAGGAGUUACUAAAAUAGUCUAAUAUGUUGAUUUCCCUGUUGAAAAUUUCAACAUAUAACCAUUUAUUUUAGAAAAAGUAUUUUUAUUUAUUUAAGAUUAAGGAAUCUCAAUAACCAUAUACUUAUGACUUAUUUGCAGUUUCCAAUCAUUAUGGUGGAAUGGGAGGUGGACAUUAUACAGCCUAUGCCAAAAAUCCAAUGUAUAAUGCCUGGUUUGAUUUUAAUGAUUCUUAAGUGAAAGAAUUAAGAUCAAGUCCAGUCACAGAUGCAGCAUAUGUUUUAUUUUAUAGAAGAAGAAAAGUAAAAUGA